CGCAAACUUGGCACAGCCUACCCACACAAGGCGAACAAGCUCCGACGGUGGCGACCGUUCGGUUGGAGAAGUCGGCUUCCUUGUUCCCGAUCUGCAUGUGCCGGGAACGCGAUGUAGAUCCCCUAGAACGGUUGCUCGUGAGAGGAAAGUGAGAUUUUCCUUGUUGGCACUUCGCUUUGCUCAAUUCACGCAGAGCCAAGAUUGUCAAUAUCCUCCUCUCCAUUGGUCCCAAUCCAACCAUUAAGACCUGACGCAACUGCUGUCAUUGCCUCUCAAGUCACCGCUUCACCUAUUUAUACCGUCCACUUAGCUGAACAGAAACACCAUUGCUUUGCGCGCUGGGUCGUGCCAUAUUCAGCAUACACCACGAUGGCGCAGUUAACGGGGGUUGAGGUCGCGAAACAUAACAGUGCAAAUGACUGCUGGGUUAUCGUCCAUGGUAGGGCAUACGAUGUCACAGAGUUCCUUCCUGAACACCCCGGAGGAUCCAAGAUCAUCCUCAAGUAUGCGGGCAAAGAUGCGACGGAAGAGUUCGAUCCGAUUCACCCUCCCGAUGCCCUCGAGAAGUACCUACCCAAGUCAAAACACCUCGGGCCCGUCGACAUGUCGACCGUGAUCAAGGAGAAGGCCGAGGAGUCGCCAGAGGAACGGGAGAGGAUGAAGCGCAUCCAGGAGAUGCCCGUUCUCGAGCAGUGCUACAACCUCCUAGACUUCGAGGCCGUUGCCCGCAGAGUCAUGAAGAAGACGGCAUGGGGUUACUACUCCAGCGCAGCUGACGAUGAGAUUACCCUGCGCGAAAACCACUCGGCCUUUCACCGAAUUUGGUUCCGUCCCCGUGUCCUGGUCGACGUCGAGAAGGUCGACUUCUCCACCACCAUGCUAGGGACGCCCUGUUCCAUCCCAUUCUACGUCACUGCCACAGCCCUCGGCAAGCUGGGGCAUGUUGAGGGCGAGGUGGUCCUCACGCGGUCCGCGGGCAAACACAACGUCAUUCAGAUGAUCCCGACCCUUGCCUCAUGCGCAUUCGACGAGAUCAUGGACGCCGCGUCGCCGGGCCAGGUCCAGUGGAUGCAGCUGUACGUAAACAAGGACCGCACCAUCACUCAGCGCAUCGUGCAGCACGCCGAGAAGCGCGGGUGCAAGGGUCUAUUCAUCACAGUGGACGCGCCGCAGUUGGGUCGCCGCGAGAAGGACAUGCGCACCAAGUUCACCGAGCAGGGUAGCAACGUGCAGAAUGGACAGGCCACGGAUAACAGCCAGGGCGCCGCCCGAGCCAUCAGCAGCUUCAUAGAUCCGUCGCUGAGCUGGGACGACAUCCCCUGGUUCAAGUCCAUCACCAAGAUGCCGAUUGUGCUGAAGGGCGUGCAGCGGGUGGAGGACGUCAUCAAGGCGAUCGAGGCCGGCGUGCAAGGCGUGGUCCUCUCCAACCACGGCGGCCGCCAGCUCGAGUUCGCCCGCUCUGCCAUCGAAGUUCUCGCCGAGACGAUGCCCGUGCUGCGCGAGCUCGGACUCGAGAACAAGAUCGAGAUCUACAUCGACGGCGGCAUUCGCCGCGCAACAGACAUCCUCAAGGCGCUGUGUUUGGGCGCCCGCGGGGUGGGUAUCGGCAGGCCAUUCCUGUAUGCCAUGUCAGCAUACGGGCAGGACGGUGUGGACCGCGCCAUGCAGCUCCUCAAGGACGAGAUGGAGAUGAAUAUGAGGCUGAUCGGGGCGAGGAACAUUGGCGAGCUGAAUGCAAGCAUGGUAGACGCGAGGAGUCUGUUCAACCAUGGCUCGCCGCCCACGGAUAGUCUUUCGCAUGCCGUGUAUGAUCCAUUGGCUAGCCCGGCUCAGAGGCUGGCGGUGAAGGGCGAGAAGGCGAAGCUGUGA